AUGUUGUUUAUGACCCUGGUAACGCUCAAACAUGCUGGAACCUGGAACCUCCUCGCCGCAAGCUUUGACGAGAAGGCGUCGACCUUCAGCAACCGAGUGAACAACUUCAUCUGCGUGAUCCAUCCGUACCUAUUUGAAACACACAAGUCAGCUCUGUACGCUGUUGACGUCGCCUUUCAGCAGACAACUGCCCCAGCUGCAUUCUUUGGCGAAAAGAAGGUAUACUUUUCCAAGAAGCACGACAUAUACGGGCACACGGCCGAAGUCUCCGUUGCUCCGAAUGGAUUGGCGGUCAAUGUCACGGACUGUGCGGUCGGCAGCAUGUCGGACUUUGAAAUGUUCACUUUUCGUGAAAAAUUUCUAACUCGAUGGGCAGUGCUUGCGGACAAGGGCUGUCAGAGAAUUCAAGACUGCGUCCGUGGCCUUACCCCAGUCAAGCGCCCACCCCAUGGUCUUCUCACGAUGGAGCAGGAGGUGGCUAAUGCCGAGCUGUCUUCGGAUCGCGUUGUGGAGAACUUUUUCGGACGACUCAAGACGCUCUGGGGACUGGCCUCUGACAAGUAUGCAUGGAAGAAGGAGGAGUACAACAUGUACUUUCAGACCUAUGUGGCGCUGACCAACGUGCAUAACAAGAACCGCCUGCUCUCUAUUGGUGGUAAGCUCAAGACGAGGGCAUUGUCCAUGAAGGCCAAGUAUCGCGAAAACCGCAAGGCAAAAAUUCAAGCAGCAUUGGGUCGAGUGAACUCCGGCUACGCGAGCGAGGACUUCGACAUUGGCUAUAAGGAGGCAGAUGACAUUCUUUAUUAG